ACUCACCACUAGCAUUGCGAUGGUCAUUGGUUCAGUUUUCGUGAUGGCCUAGAAGAGUUAUGGUCACGCCUGGAUCGGCUCAAUCCACUUGUCGAAGGUAUCGCCUAUUUCUGAGCUCAUCACCAGUAUAAAACGGCCGUUAUGAGUGUGACGGGCGUGACGAGAGGCAGUUAGCUGCUCUUCGUCGACAUGGGUUAAUCGGCAAUGGGAAUGUGACUGUGCCAAAAUGGUUUGCUGGUAAGAAAUUCUUACCGACAUUCCACAUUCUACAUGGCGUUCUUCACUAAUGAGAGCAUCGUGACAAUGCAUGUUAAAGGGGUGGGCUGGAGUACAAAUAGCUUCAUCGCGCCACCAUCCCUUCCUCCGAGACACAACAUCAUGGUGUGACUUCUCUCGAUAGGUUGGCGUAUUCCGUGCUUACCAACCGUGUUCGGAAUCACAUAGCUCCAGCAUCGCACAACCAACUCUUAUCAUCGUUAAAACUAUGCAACAUCCUAGCCCACUCGCCAUACUACUGGGUAGCCUCAUCGUACUUCCCAUAUCUCACGCACAAAACAACUGUUAUGGCAACCCGUCGAUAGAGGGUUAUUGUACGCCCCUGACAUUCAAAGAUACAACCAAUGAUUUCAGCGCGCCACCGAUGACUUCUGAUUGUGACGCCACAUGCUUCGGUAUCAACGAAGACGCCGGGGACUGGCUGGUCGAUUUCUCUACGGACGCCAAUGGCGCUCAUCACAGCAUGAUCUUGUAUCAUUGCGGAUUUGCCGUCUCGAGGGGUCAAGGCACGCCACGCAACGCCAAGUUUUCGCUAGCAAACCAAGAUAUACUAGACCUCUAUGACGAGACUUUGAAUCGUUUUGGGGCUUUGCAUGACGGCAGCAUAUCAGCUCAGGGAACAAUGCUGUGUGGCGAUUUCCAGAUCAAUUGGUACAUACAGGACCUGAAUGCUUAGAGUGAGUGAGUUCGGGUCAAAAAAAGAUUAGGAAAAGCCCCCGAGAUUGAGAUGAUGAUAUAAUUACGUAUACCUUGGUGUGGGAGCCUUUUGGUUUAGCUGGCAGAACCCUGGAACUUCCACCCAUAUCUAUACAUACGCGCAUGCAACAAAGGCUAUAUAGGCUUGUGGGAAAGCGGGUGGCGGGGGUAGUUCUCAAUUGACUAUCUUGCUUUUCAUCUUGAUCUAGUGACUACGAGCUCCUUUCUCUACCCUUGCCACAAACCACAAAUCAAAGCCGUCAUUGAUUCUG